AUGUUCGCCCGUCUCCUCGUCCUCGUCCUCGUCCUCGCGGCGCGCGGCGCGGACGCCGACGGCGGCGGAGCCGCGUGCGCGACGUCCUCCAUCGGAUACGCGUGCUCGGUCGCUCUCGAGAGCGGGAUGAACCUCCACUGGACGCUCGGCCCCGCGGACGCGACGUCGCAGGUCGCCUCGGUGGCGGACGGCGACAUCGCGAUCGCGCUCGCGGGGACGAGCGACGGCAUUGUGGGCGUGUCGUUCCCCUCGGCGCACGCCAUGUCGCCCGCGAACGCGGUGCUGGGGUGGAUCAACGCCGACGGAAGCGGCGGCUCGAUCGGGCCGUACGCGAUGACGUCACGGUCGACGCCGAGCAGCGGCGGGCUCGCGCUGUCGUCCUCGUCCGUGACCAAGUCCGGCGGGGUCACGAUCAUCUCGUUCGCGACGACGCGCUCGGCCGUCAUGACCGACGACGCGCAUCGUCUCGGGUACGUCGGGUGGGCGAGAGCGACCUCGAAGGCGAACGUCAAGCACGACGUCUCGAAGGGCACGGUGUAUCUCAACUACCUCACCGGGAACGCGGACAGCCACACGGACGUCGCGCUCGAGACGCACGGCGCGCUCAUGACGGCGGCGUUCGCGUUCUUCUUCCUCGGAAGCGCGAUCGCGCUGACGAAGAAGGCGUCGUGGAUGCCAUGGGCCGGCGGCGAAACCAAGACGUGGCUCUACGCGCACGUGACCGCGCACGCGGUCGGCGUCGGGCUGGCGUGCGCCGGUCUCGUCGAGAUCUUCACCGGUCGAACCUACGAUCCGUUCGCGUGGGAGGGCGCGGACGGCGUCGUCAAAGCGCACGGGGUGCUGGGGAUGAUCGUCGCGUGCGCGCCCGCGCUGCAGGCGGCGUUCGCGUACGCGAUGCGCAACGAUAAAAAGAAGAAGAAGAAGCACGCAAGAGACGACGACGACGGCGACGACGGCGGCGGCGGCGGCGGCGAGCUCCUCGCGCGCGAAGCGCAGCCGCCGCCGCCGCCGCCGAAGACGUCCGCGCCGCGUCGCGCGCACGUCGUCGGCGGAUGGGUCGUCGUCCUCGGUGGCUCGACCAACGUCGUCGUCGGCGCGUCCCUGCUGAACGACCAGACCGGGGAGGACGCCUCGGCGUUCUCCGCCGUCGGGUGGGCGCUCGCGAUCGCGUCCAUCGCCGCGGUGGCGGCGGCGCGCGGGCGGGGAUUUUGCCGCGAGGAGAAGACCGUCAGGGAUUACUAG